GUAAAUCGUUCUGACAAACACUAGAUAGGUGUUGUAUGUAGUGGCUGCCAACUCACAUGCAGACACCAAAAGGAUAGGUAGGUCAUAACAUGUCCAACAUUUUAUUCAAAUUUUAGUCUUCUGUGACCAUUUGAAUUAAACACAAUAACAACAAACACGAGACUAACGAACAUACGAAGAAAAAAUUAAAUAAAUUUUUAUUAAACCAAGGAAAAAACUUUACGAAAAUUGUUUAUAACUACAAUACAUAAUCGACCUGUUGCGUCCCCCACCAUAAACCAUAAACGGGAAUUUAAUUUUAUUUAACUUACAGUACUAAUUGCACAACAAAUCCCAAGAUGAGUGACGAUGGUGAAGGUGAUUUCAUGAAUAUAGAUCCCGAGACGGCCUGGUUGGAAAGCACAACCAUUGGGGGAUUUCGUGUGUGGCACAUUAUAGCCAUAUGCCUGGGAAUACUGAUGAGCAUAAUAAUAAUGGUUUGUUGUUGCAUACGUUUUCGCAUACCGCGAACGAAACAGGAAAUCGAGGCGGACUAUCAACGGAAACAGAUAACGAAGAAAUUUCGCGAAAAAUUACAACAAAUCAAAAAUUCCGAAAUGGACGAUAUGGAUUUGCAAAAAGACAUAAGCUACACUUAUCGCACUAAAUAUAAUGAAAAAACCUUAUAUCCGUGUGUCCAUCUGGCCUGGCAAUCUACGCUCUACUAUAAAUCAAUCAACUCUGGAUAUGAAACUUUGUCACAUCACAAAGAAAUAGUUUUCCAUCAAUAUUUCUUAAAAGAAAUUGCUCUGGAAGCUGGUCAUUUAGUUUAUCCCACUCCAAUACAAAGGCCACAACAUGUAACCAGAGAACCACCAGUAGCCAUACACAGCAACCCUAGCAGAAGUUGCAAUAUUAAGCCAUACUACAUAAAUGAUUAUCACUACCACUCCAUGUGCAAUCAGCAUGCAGCCAAGGAUAGAGAUGUUAACUACGGUUGUAAUUUGUAGAAAUACUUUAAAUUUCCU